AAGAGAUCAGCCCUUCCACAGAUUUGGAAUGAAUUUAACAGGAGAAUGUUGUGAGAGAUACAAGUCUUCCUGCACUGCCUUUUAUUCAGAUAUUCUUAGAUAAUGGCGACCAUGGAACCUUUUAGAGGGCAAGGAGGCAUUCAGAUGCUGCUAACUGCAGAACAGGAGGCCCAACACAUAGUUUGCAGUGCAAGAAGCUUGAAGAUGGCUAGGCUGAAGCAAGCAAAAGGAGAAGCUGAAAAGGAUGUGGCCCUUUAUCGCUCCCACAUGGAAACUGAAUACCAAAAGAAAAUUUCCGAGACAAGUGGAAGCUCCGGAAACACUGUGAAAAAGCUUGAAGAGGAAACUGAAAUGAAGAUUAAAAACUUGGAGGAAUCAACCUCGAAGGUAUCAAAAGAAAUAGUCGACAUGCUCAUGAAGCACAUUACAACUGUGAGGACUUGAUACAUGGAGAACACAAUACGAAGCCGGACAAGAGAGUUAUUGCAACACAUGAAGGCAGAACUUGGUGCCCAAAAUUUUAUUCCAUCUGUGUCUUUGAGUGAAAGCUCUUUCUAUCUCACAUGCACACAACUUUGAGAUAUUUGUUUAAUUGUUCUGUAAUUGGCAAUCUUUGGCACUGAAAAUAACUCUUGUUUUAAAAGAGCCUCUUAACAUUUA